AUGGUGCUGGUGCUGGCGCUGUGGGCCUGCCUGGUGCUGGGCAUGGCUGAUGGGGAGGGCCCGGCACCAGAGCCCCUGGUGGGCGACCAGCCCUUUGCCGUGGUGUGGAAUAUCCCCGCCAGCCGCUGCCAGCGCCGCUUUGGCGUGGGGCUGCCCCUCAGCGACUACGGCAUCGUGGAGAAUCAGGAUGGCCGCUUCGCAGGCCAGAACAUCACCAUCUUCUACAAGAACAAGUUUGGGUUGUACCCCUACCUGUCGCAGCAGGGCAUCCCCCGCAACGGGGGCAUCCCCCAGCGGGUCCCCCUCGGCGCCCACCUCGCCAGGGCGGCCAGGGACAUCCGCCUCCUCCUGCGCCCUGCUUUCCACGGCCUGGCCGUGGUGGACUGGGAGGAGUGGAGGCCCCUCUGGGCCCAAAACUGGGGGGCCAAGCGGAUCUACCGGGUGGCCUCGGAGCAGUGGGUACGGGACCGGCACGGCCUCCUGCCAGCACGGCAGCGGCUCCGGCUGGCCCGGCGGGAGUUUCAGCGGGCGGCACAGGCUCUGAUGGAGGAGACGCUUCUCCUGGGCCGGACCCUGCGCCCAGGGGGGCUCUGGGGUUUCUACCGCUUCCCAGACUGCUUUAACAGCAACUGGGCCAAGAAGGCCAACUACACUGGGCAGUGCCGGCCAGCAGAGGUGCAGCGCAACAACCUGCUGGGCUGGUUCUGGGCCGCCUCGGCCGCCCUCUACCCCAGCAUCUACCUACCGCCGGCGCUGCCGCCCGCCCUGCGCCAGCGCUACGUGCACCACCGGCUGCGCGAGGCCCUGCGCGUGGCUGCCUUCGGGGCCAACGGCCUCCUGCCCGUGGUCGCCUACUCUCGCCUUUCCUUCCGCCGCUCGCCCCGAUUCCUGGAGCUGGCUGACCUGGUGCAUACCAUCGGGGAGAGCGCAGCGCUGGGUGCAGCCGGACUCGUGCUCUGGGGAGACAUGUCGUACUCCCGCUCGGCUGAGAGCUGUGCCAGUUUGCGCCACUAUCUCAUGUUCACUCUGGGUCCCUACGUGGCCAACGUGACGGCGGCAGCCCGGGAGUGCAGCUACGGGCAGUGCCACGGGCACGGGCGCUGCGUGCGCCGGCAGCCCCACGACCUGGGCAGCCUCCUGCACCUUGGCCCCGGCACCGGCCCGCCGGCCUCUUUCCGCUGCCACCGCUACCCCCACAGCAUGGGAAGGGCCGAGGGUGCCACGCCAGCAGAGCCUGGGGACCCUGACGGCAGCGAGCCUGGAGCCAUCAGCCUGCGCCCCGUGGAGUCCAUCAGCGACCUGCACUGGGCCUCGGGCGGGCAGAAGGGCGCCGAGGGCUGCCAGAGAAAGAGAUGGGGCUGCAAGGACUGGCACCCGCCCCAGUCACAGCCCUUCCUCUUCACAAUAAGGCAGAAGGCACCCUCCAAUUAG